AUGCCUUCUUCCCAAUAUUUCUUCAUCCUUCCAAUCGUAGCAAUUCUUGUCCCUUCAGUUUCGGCCACAAAGUUUGGGGUUGGUGAUGACAAGGGUUGGACCAUUAACCUUGAUUACCAAGCUUGGGCUCAGGGAAAGGAGUUCCAUGUGGGUGACACACUUGUUUUCAAGUAUAAAGAGGGUGCCCACAAUAUUUUUAAAGUCAAUGGAACUGACUUCCAACAAUGUGCGGCACUGGCCGGAACUGAGGCCCUGAUUAGUGGAAAUGAUGUGAUUAGCCUAUCAACUCUCGGAAGAAAAUGGUACAUUUGUGGUGUUGCCAAACAAUGUGAGAUUGGAAACCAAAAGCUUGUCAUAACAGUGCUGCCUCAAACAAUGUCUCCAACACCUUCUCCAGUUUCAGCAGCUAAGAGAAGCAUUACACCUAUAUGUUAUGGGUGGAUGAUGACUAUUUUUGGCAUCUUUGUGAUGGUCGCGGUUUAA